ACUUCGCGGACACUCCGCCCUUCGCAGUUGUUUGGGUGCAGCGGCGUUCCUUACCUCAGCUAACGUCACGGCAUUGAAUCCCUGCGGGUACUGCUGGGCGACAUGGCUGCCCAGAAGAUCAACGAAGGCUUGGAGCACAUCGCUAAAGCGGAGAAAUAUUUGAAAACUGGAUUAUUAAAAUGGAAGCCAGACUAUGACAGUGCAGCAACUGAAUAUUCAAAAGCAGCUGUUGCUUUUAAAAAUGCCAAACAAUUUGAUCAGGCAAAAGAAGCCUAUUAUAAAGAAGCUCUCUGCCAGGAAAACAAUAAAGCUCUCUUCCAUGCUGCAAAAGCUUAUGAACAAGUUGGCAUGAUGUUAAAGGAGAUGAAACAACAUCAUGAUGCAGUGGAAAUGAUUCAGAGAGCCAGCAUGAUGUACCUGGAGAACGGAACACCUGACACAGCAGCUAUAGCCCUGGAUCGGGCUGGGAAAGUUAUAGAAAAUAUAAAUCCAGACAAGGCUAUACAACUUUAUCAGCAGACAGCAGCAGUGUUUGAAAAUGAAGAACGUUUACGACAAGCAGUUGAAAUGUAUGGAAAAGCUUCAAGGCUUUUAGUCAGAGGUCGCAGACUAGAUGAGGCUGCAGUAUCUAUUCAGAAGGAAAAGAGUCUUUAUAAAGAUAUUGAAAACUACCCAACUUGUUACAAGAAAACUAUUGCUCAGGUCUUAGUUCAUCUUCACAGAAAUGACUAUGUUGCUGCAGAAAAAUGUGUCAGGGAAAGUUGUAGCAUACCAGGCUUCAGUGAAAGUGAAGACUGUGCCGCAUUGGAGCAGCUCCUAGAGGGGUAUGAUCAGCAAGACCAGGACCAAGUAUCAGAUGUGUGCAAUUCACCACUCUUUAAAUACAUGGACAAUGAUUAUGCCAAGCUUGGCCUCUCAUUGGCUGUCCCAGGAGGAGGUGUGAAGAAGAAAUCCCCAGUUACUCCACAGGGCAAAGUGGGUGAACCAGGUGAAGGAGUUUCCCGUGGAACUGAGGAAGAUGAUGAUUAUGCAAGUGGACUGCUGUAACUCCAGUACACCUCUACUCUUAAAUAUCAACCUAGCUGUUUCUGGCAAUGAGCAAUUCUGGAAGCUGCCGAAUUACCACCAGUUCAUAGCAAUUAGUAAAUUGGAAAUAUAACAAUUUGUCUGCUUCUGGGAAACUUGUACAGAAAGCAUGGUUGUACAUCUUGAAGUCUUCUUGAGUUACAGUCCUACAUCUUUGCAGUGCAUCUGCUUUAAUAAAGAAUUCUGAGUAUUACAGUCUUCCCUUCAAAAGGGGAAGUGGGUUUGGAUGAUGGCAUUUACAUUCAGAUAAUUCUCUCUAGAUGUCUAGUUUCAGGGCCUAUUGCUUCAUGCUCUGAUAUUCCUGGGCAAGGUUGGAGUUCAGGCAAAGGAAUGUUAAGCAUUUUUUUUGAACAACACUAAACUGUGGAACACCAUAAACUAUGUUGGCUAUCCCUUUUCCCAUAUGACCCUAAUAUUUUCUGAAACAUAAUGUAUGCAUAAUGUAUAUAGAAGGUUUAAGGGCCAGUGUUGGGAAGGCAUAAUCAGUUCUUUAGAAGCAUAAAUGGUGAAAACUAGUUUUCUGAGUAAUACAACACCUCUAUAGAUAAACUGGAAAAGAAACCUUGUUUUCUUUUGGAUAUCACAUACUUUAGCUAUGGAAUCUUAAGCAUUUCUGGGCAAAAAAGGACCCCACACUCAUUGGUAUGCAAAUGAUAUGCUUUUCAUAGUCAGAGAAUAUCUAACAUGAACUUGCAGAUUUUCCAGGGAGAAGUAAUAUGCCACAGGAGAAGGAUCUUGAAAUGUGUUCAAUAACAUUCCUAGUAGCUUUCAGUUGUGUUGAUUCAACAUCAUAAACACAAUUCCCUGUUAAUCGCAUCCCUUUCCA